AUGCCGUCACCAUCUACCCCACCCUUGUCGUCUCCGCCUUCGCCCACGGCUCCUCACAAGCUCAAGAAUGGCACCCUCCUCACCCCACUUCGACUCACCCGUAGUAAGCUUUCGAAUAUGGCUCCUCCUACCCCACAGUCACUGGUCACAUCGAGGAUAUCAUCCGAAAUCCAGGGCCAUUCUGGAGAACUUACUUCACACUCACCAAACCAGAAAUUUCAUUUAGCUGGCGACCCCAACUGGAGAAUUCGUGAGGAAAGCGUUUCUCCUCGCGAUUCUUGCCACGACAGCCUCGAAGAGGACGAGCAAGCGCCACUACCUACAACCCCGAAUAAGUUGACUGGACCAUUUACCCCUCAAGUAACCAAGAAGUCUCGGACCCCACUGCGAUUCGAUCUUCCCAAUAUCUACAUCUCUGAUAAUCCAACUAUACGUGGUAGCUUUACCGACCCUCCGCCCCGGCGACGAGAAAUGCGACCGUUAUUCAAUAAGUGCUAUGACUCCAAAGUAGAUCAAACUAAGAGCCCUAGCCGGGCGUUGACCCCACAAGAACGCACAGCCCUCUUUGGAUCCCCCCUUUCCCCCGCUUUUAGGUCUCUUGUGGGAACGAAAUGCGCAUCAUGUGGCGGAGAUGAGCGACUGUCCCUGCUGGAGCCUUGUCGACAUCAGAUAUGCGCCUCUUGUGUGACAGGAUCCCUUAAUGUUGUUGGCGAAAAAGACAUGAUUUUCCUUUCAGAUAGCUCGACCAUUCGGACGCAUACAGUCGGAAAUCUCGCCAAAGUCUCGCCUUCUAUGAAUUCUUCACGCAGGAUUCCCUUCUCUCAAGAUUCUUCGGGCUCGCCAGGAUCGUAUUUCACAACACCAUCACGCAUAGAUACUCGCAUCUCUUCAGACCUUGAAGUUGACCUUUCAAUAAUGGUUUUACGCAUCGAUAAUAUUCCCUGGGACGUUACCCCACCUAUGAUUGAAAAAUGGCUAGGGAGCCCUACUUUGAUCUGCCAUGUUCUCUUAGAUCGUGUAGAUGGCCGGACUCUAAAUCACGCUUACGUAGAGACGACGACCGAAAACGCGAGAUCUGCCUUGAGAACUCAUCAAAACAAGGUGUUAGGAUAUGGCCGUCGUGCACGUGCAGUCACAAUCACUUUGUCGAGCCAGGAGGAACUUAUGCAUGUUCUUUUCCCUUCCUGGCCCGGAAAAUUCGAGGGUUCAUUGCCGAUUUAUGAAACAUCGGCUAGCGACUCUCGGUUGUCGGUCACAGGAAACCUACUCACAGAAUCAGAACUGGGGAUUAUUCUGCACUUGAUUCAAUCCCCCAAGUCUCAUUUUUUAAAAGCGCCCUGCCUUGCGUAUUGGUCGUUGAUUAGCGUACUCGCCAAAGUUCCUGUGCCCGAUGUGUUUGCCCCAGGGACCUUACCUGAGGCAUUGUUUGGGGUACGCGAUCGGGAAGACAUCACCACUUUUGCCCUCGAACAAUAUGAACUUCUUGUUGGCACGCGGGAAUAUGAACCUCUUGUACACACGAAGCUUAUCGACGCAGCGCUUCGGUGCAGAGCAUUCACUGAUCACCAGCUUAAUCACCUAUUCCGCUUCACCAAUCAGCUCUCUUCAGCAAUGCAUGUCAACCAACCAUCCAACUCAGAGACUCCUAUAUAUUCUCGUAAUCAACUAUACUUGGCCCCCCCACCUACUGGCGUAAUGAUACAACCUCAAGGUUUUAAUGAAGGUCGCGGGGCAGACCCCGGCCGGUCGGUGAUGCUAGAGGCUUGCAACCGUGUCGCUCAAGAUUUCGGCCUGGAUUCCACGCUAGUGCAUGCUUUAGCGGAACGCCUAGUUUUUCAUAGUUCGAUCGGUGUACCCCCUUCUGAACACCAUUGA